GGACGAGGAGGAGGACGAGGAGGAAGAGGAGGAGGAGGAGGAGGAGGAGGAAGAGCAAGAGAGCGAGAAACCUACUUGCCGGGUGAACAAGGCGGGCAUUCAGGAUAUAUUGAACAUGAUAGAUGCCACGGCCUCGCCCGUUCUCGCCACCGACACUCCCAACGCUGAUCUGCCGGUCGAUUCCACCAAGACGUACGAGAUUCUUGACGAAAAACAAUUCGUCGAGAAAAACAUCGUCGAAGACGUGGAAAGAAUCGACGACGCGAAGGAUCAAUUGAGGAGCGAGUCGGUCUGUAGUUACCAGACCGAAACCGUCGAUCGAGACGGCGAGAUCGACGACAAGCUCGAGGUGCACGAGGAAAAAAUCUUGGAAGAAAAUUGUAUGGGCGACAUUCAGGAAGAUAGAAAUGUCGACGAGCAGAACAAACUCAUGAUGCUCUCGCUGAAAAAUAAUUCCGAGAUGACGUUGGAAUCGUGCAAGAUUGCCGAGGCCGAUGGCGGCUUCGUCAAUCUACCGAGAACCAAAUCAAACUCUCUGGUUACCUUCCAAACCCCGUUGGAGGUCGAAGAGGAAGUUGAGGAAGAGGAAGCCGAAGAAGAAGCCGAAGACGAGAUCGAGGAAGAAGCGCGGAACGAGCCCGUGAUCAAGGUCGAUUACAAAGUCGACAGUUCGAAGAUCCUCGACGCCCUGAGAAACACGCCGGGGCUCUCGGUGUCCGUGACGAGAACUCACACGCCGGAGCACAACAAGUCCCAAAUCGUAUUGCCCAGACCGCUCUCGAAAGCGUCCUCGUCGAGCAGAUCGCCGGACUCGCAGGCGGAAUGCGUGGAGAAGCUGCUGAAGAACAACAACGAAUUCGUCGACAAUCGCGGACGCACAAAUUCGCCACGCAGCCUGCCGGGUCUGUCGAUCAUUAUACCGAGCUUCCGCUACAGAAGUACCUCCGGCCAGCUGACGACGACCUCGCCGACGAACGCGAAGCGUCGCGUCGAGUCGCCCGAGAGCACCGUCAGCUUUCACAAGGCCGACACGUAUCCGGAGGAGAUCAAGCUCGUCAAGUAUCCGCACGAGGACGACAAGAUGAGAGAAGAAGACGAGGACGACUGCGACUCGCAGGUGCUGGAGGAUCUCAGACAGAAGAGAACGGACUCGCCGAUUUACGACAGCAUGGACGUGGAAUAUUACAACAAAUCCACAACGGGUCCCGGGGGCAACCGAGAAGAUAACAAAACGUCGGCGGAGAACGCGAAGACCGAUUCCCUGUGGACCGGCAGGAAUAGCGAGGCGCAAGCCAAGUGUAAAUAUCAGCAUUUCGACGAGCAGAUCCUGGAGGAGCUGCGAUCACGCGGCACCGUGGUCUCGCCCCAGCCCAGCGGGAUCCCGUGUUCCCCCGCCUCCAGGAGACCGUCGUCGACGUAUCUCGAGAGGCUGCUCCCGAGCCCGCCGUGUUCCGUGUCCUGCUCGGAGGACACGAACGAGCUGACGCUGAGAAGCAUUCUGGCAUCGUCCGGCAACGUGGAGACGCAGGACCACGAGAAAUCCAAAGAGGGAGCGGCGAUUCGAUCCGAUCCGGGUAUCGAUCCGCGCGCGAUAUAUCCGAGCGUCGAUAGAAACGCGAGGAAUCCCAACAGUCAGCGGAACUUCCAGGAGCGCCUGAGUGUACACAAUCAGGAAGUGAGAAACUCCGGCAGACCGAUGUCCAGCGGCGACAUUCACAGCACCUUCUACACAAUGGCGGAUCGCGUCGCGCCCAAGCGACCGAUGUCCGCCGAGUGGCAGUCGACCGGACGUCAGAGAAAUCAAAUCAAUUAUUACCAGAAAGUUGUCGGCAGAACGAAACAUUACCACGCCGAUAACAAUCACGAUCAAGACCAGGUUACGUUCGCCGCGUCGAGCAGCACGGAGAAACUCCUGGAUCCGGCGAGUCAGCUUCGCGAGUUGGUCGAGACGGUCGGCCAUCUAAUUCCCGAUCCACUUCUGGUUCCUCGCAGUUAUCUGCCGGCACUGGCCGCGGCGCCGGCAAUCGAAAUUCCCAAGCUGUUGGUCAGCAGACCCGAGCUGAGACUGCCCGAAGCCCUCAACAGGCCCGAGCUGCUGCAGGAUCCCGAUCUGCUUGUGAUAUCGCUCGCGCAUCUGCAGCACGUGCUGGAUCACGGCGAGGGUCCGGUCUCCAGGUCGCACGUACCGGUACAGCAACAGCCGAGGGCUGUCGUCGUUAACGGCAACAAAGGACCGUCCGGUCACGCGAACAACAACGUGAGAUACGGCACCACCACCGUCGCGAACGGCAGACCGAAGCUCAGCUGCAAACCGAUCGGCAUGCUGAUGCCGACGCAGCCGAUAGAUCUGUCGAACGGCGGACGAUCGUCACGAUUCAACCCCUAUCCACCUCUGCUGAGGGUGCGCAGUGGUUUGCUCAAACAGGAGCCGGAAGUGAGCUCCACCGCGAGCUCACCGGACGAGUCACAUCUAUGGCAUCCAUUAUUCGGAAGCCAGAAGAGACAACAACAUCACCAACAGCAGCAGCAGCAACAGUACCAGCAGGCGCAACAGCAGCACGUUUCCUGGCACAGGACGACUCUCGCCUCCUGAUCAUCAUCGUGAUCUCGACCUUGACCGCAAGUCCAGCCUGAAAGAAGCGUUUUACGGGAGAAAGGAACGCGAUGGGACAAGGAACGCCGCGACGCCACUUCUUACGCGGUUUCGGCUGUUCGUCGAGAAAUGCGAAUGAAGAAAAGCAUGCCGGCGAAGAUCUUCGCGGAAUGAUCGCACCGCAGAACUUCGCAAACAAACCUUUCGUGAUAUUCAGUCGAGGCGGCCGAUUCGAUGCCAUUCUUUCUUUCGAUCCGUCAUUAGUCGUCCGUGUAUUUGUGCGCAAUGUAAACGUUAAAUUGUUUUCUUUAAAACUUUGCAAGUUGACAACAAAAAUAUAAAGAUAAUGAUUUCUCAUUUU